CUGGAAUCUAUUUUCCAGUUUCAAAAUUGGAAUCCGCAAAACCCAAAACACAUUGCAUCUGAUUUCAAAUCGAAACUUACCUCUUUUUCUCUGUAACACACAUCAAAUUUCUUUUUCUUUUGAUCCAAUGUGACCAUCUCAGUUCUCUAUGCAAAUUAUAUUUUCACUGAACCUGAAAAACUUCUCCAGAAAGGCGAUACAUAGUUCAAAGUUUAAUUUGACCUCCUGAAGGGGAAGGGGGUUUCAUUGGAGUUGUGUUUAGGAAACCUGCAGUGGGGUUCACUCAUCAGGAGGUUGCACAAUUAACAAGAGGAUGCCGACAAUGGGGUUGGGAGGUAGAUUCUUGAAGAUGAAAUGACAAAAAAACUUGUAGAUGUCUGACAAUUGGGUUUUACCAUCGAGGUUUCGUGAUGGCAGGUUUCAAUCAUCAAGAGGUGAAUCCAUUGGUUCAAGAAGGAGAGGGGGAAUAGAGGCGAUGAGAAGUAAGAUACUUACCGGCGAUGAAGGGUGGCGAGAAAUAUGGGCGGCUUCUCGACGGGAAAGGGGUAUUUUGAAGAUGAACAAGGCUGAUGAGGGUGCUGGUAGAAUUGAUGUGCCCACAAAGAGAGCAUUCGCUCAAGUCAAGGCCAAUCACAUGACCAUUCUCAUGGUCAUUGCUGCACUCCACCCAUACCACGAACAACAAUCAAAACCAGCGUCCGAUGCAAUGCUUCUGGGCUUCCAAGAUUGGAACGUUUGAAACCAACCAGUAGCACAAAACUCAUCAUCUUGAUGAAUUAAGCUUUGCUUGAAUAGAUACAAGGUGGAACAUUCCUCAUCAUGGGUUAGUGAUGAUCCACUGCAAAUGAGGGUGACCAAAAAGUAGAAAAGGGAGAUUGUUUGCAACAAGCUGAAGUGAUUCAAGUAUGAAGCCAUGGAAAAAGGGUUUGAAAUAUUUUAAUUGUCUGUGGACGUGCAAUCUUCUUUAUAUAGACCAUUUGUAUGUUGUUCAACCAUAAAUGAAUAAGACAUGCACUAUCUAGAGAGGAAUGAAGCA